AUGGAGAAGGAAAAGAAGUCUCCAGUUUCUGAUGUAGGAGCAUGGGGUAUGAAUAUUGUGAGCUCUGUCGGCAUUAUCAUGGCCAACAAGCAGCUCAUGUCCCCUCACGGCUUUGCUUUUGGCUUUGCCACAACUUUGACUGGCUUCCACUUCUCUGUUACCGCGUUGGUUGGUCUGGUGUCAAAUGCCACUGGUUACUCUGCAUCAAAGCAUGUUCCUUUGUGGGAACUUGUUUGGUUCUCACUUGUAGCCAAUGCUUCAAUCACUGGGAUGAACUUGAGUCUCAUGCUCAACUCUGUUGGAUUUUAUCAGAUAUCGAAGCUGAGCAUGAUUCCCGUGGUAUGCAUGAUGGAAUGGAUUAUUCAUGGAAAACAUUUUUCAAGGGAGGUCAAGAUGGCUGUGGCAGUGGUGGUUGUAGGUGUGGGAAUAUGUACAGUGACUGACGUGAAAGUUAAUGCCAAAGGUUUCCUCUGUGCUUGUGUGGCUAUCUUGUGUACAUCCUUACAACAAAUUUCAAUAGGUUCCUUACAGAAGAAAUACUCAAUAGGCUCUUUCGAAUUGCUUAGCAAGACAGCUCCAAUCCAAGCUCUCUCCCUUCUUGUUCUUGGUCCAUUCGUUGAUUACUUUCUUACUGGAAAACUUAUAUCAGAGUACAAGUUGUCUUCUGGUGCAUUUUUUUUCAUACUACUCUCAUGCUCCCUAGCCGUAUUUUGCAACAUCAGUCAGUACCUCUGCAUCGGACGCUUCUCAGCAGUCUCGUUCCAGGUUUUAGGCCACAUGAAAACAGUAUGUGUCCUGACAUUGGGGUGGCUACUCUUUGAUUCAGAGCUCACAUUCAAAAACUUGCUCGGAAUGGCUCUUGCGGUUCUUGGCAUGAUAGUAUACAGUUGGGCUGUGGAGGCUGAGAAGCAACCCAAGAUCCUCCCUAGUACAAGAGACAGUCUGUCAGAGGAGGACCUGAAACCAUUGAAGGAGGGAAUAGCAGAGAGUCCAUUGAAAGACACAGAGCUUGGCGAGUCUAAAGUAUAG